AUGAGCGAAACAAUAUUAUCAGAAAAAUGGCAAAGUCGUGUCCAUCGUAUCAGUGGUUGGCACCGAGAAUUUUCAAUCUUUGUUUUAUUUCGGUUUGUUCAUAUCUAUCUAUCUAUCUAUCUAUCUAUCUAUCUAUCUAUCUAUCUAUCUAUCUAUCUAUCUUAUUUUCUUUCACUGAAUAUCUAUUUAUCUAUUUGUCUGCCUGUCUGCCUGCCUAUCUAUCUAUCUAUCUAUCUAUAUUUCAUUCUUUCUUUCUUUCUCAAUCACUCAUUUAAUUUUUCAAUCUUUCUUUUAUUGCAUAUAUUAAUUUUUUCUUUCUUAUCUAAUCAGUUAGUUUUCUUUCAUUCAUCAUUAAUUUUUUUCUUAUUUUAUUUCACUGAAUGUCUAUCUAUCUAUCUAUCUAUCUAUCUAUCUAUCUAUCUAUCUAUCUAUCUAUCUGAGUCUUUUCAGAAAUGUAUUAAAGUCUAUCUAUCUAUCUAUCUAUCUAUCUAUCUAUCUAUCUAUCUAUCUAUCUCAUUUUCUUUCUUAAUCACUCAUUUAAUUUUUCAAUCUUUCUUUCAUUGCAUAUUUUCAUUUUUCUUUUCAGUUAAUUUUUCUUUCAUUCAUUAUUUUGUUUCAAAUAAUUUAUAUAUUCAUUUCUCGUUUAAUUCACAAUCAUUAAAUUUUUCUUUCUUAUUUUAUUUGACUGAAUAUCUACAUAUGUAUUUUAUAUUCUUUCACUGA